UUUCGAACGGAAGGGUUACAUCGAGUUACAUCCAGGGCUGGGGCUUGGCAUAUUCUACUUCUGCGACCUGGAACAUCGCGACGAACUGAAGUUUACAACUACUCUAAGACCUCUAAGACCUCUAAGACAUCCAAAUCUAGCGAAUACCUAAUCCUGACAUAUGAUUUAAAGAGAACUUGGAAUCUCUAUCAAAUUGCAUAAAUUUCGAUAAUUCUAGAAUUUUGUUGACGGAGGGAGAAUCCUAAGAGUUACCUCAAGGAUCAUCAUCCUUCGACUUUCAAGAUGGUGUACUGCGGGAAACCCUCAAAGGGCUGUCAGAUGUGCAGGACGAGAAGAAUCAAGUGUGACGAGACAAAGCCAACAUGCAACCAAUGUGCCAAAUCACGAAGACAAUGUCCCGGGUACAAGGACGAGUUUGACCUCGUCUUCAGGAACGAAACUCAGGCAACGGAACGCAGAGCACGGAAAGCCAGUAAGAAAGUACUGGCACAGAAGACUGUCAAACCAGACCCGGACUCUCCUUCGGGAGAUCUAAAUGUGUCUCCAGUCUUCGCCAAUAGCAUCAAAUCACAACUUGCCCAAGCCAUCAUCCCCUCGCUCAACAUCCCCGUCGAGCACCAAGCAAGCUGCCACUUCGUCUCCAACUUCAUCCUGGUGCCCCCGGAAGGCGAAGGAAAUACACGUGGGUUCAUGGACUUCAUCAUCCCGCUGCUGAAGUCCGAUCCGCACGGGCAAUUGCAGCACGCCUUCAAUGCCUGCUCUAUGGCUUUCCUGAAUAAUCGAGGGGGCUCAGAGUCUAGGUUAUCGGAUCGGGCUCUGCAUGAGUAUACGAAGGCACUCAACGGGACCAACGCCGCUCUAAGGAAUCCCGAGAUGCAGUUGGCGGAUUCGACGUUAGCGGCGGUGUUGUUGCUAGGUUUAUUCGAGAGUAUCACGGCCAAGCAAAUCGGCAUGUUGAACUGGGGCUCGCAUACCGAGGGCGCUAUACAGCUCGUAAAAGCCCGGGGGAAGAAGCAGCUCAAGACGAAAGUCGGAUUGACGCUGUUCAUCGCCGUGAGAACUCAGAUGAUAAUCCACAGUCUCACAUCUGGCACAACCCCGAUCAUGGGUGAAGAAUGGUGGAUCAACGACGCCGUACGCGACCGCGCCGCAGCGAAAUGCCACCGCCUCAUGAUCAAAACCGGCGAGCUGCGCGCCGAAGUAACGCGGUUGAUGAACAGCAUGGCGCGCACCCCGUCAAACAUCGACGUGAUGCUCGAAAUGAUCCGCCGCCUACAAGCCGUCGACCAGGAAGUAGUAGCGUGGAUGCGCGGGGUGCCGUCCUCAUGGCGGUACCGCACCGUAGCCUGGGAAGACAGCGUGCCAGGCGGAGACUACGGACGCGCGGAGGUGUUUCCCGGGAGAAUCGACAUGUACCGCGACUUCUACAUCGCGAGCGUGUGGAAUACGAUUCGGACGGCAAGACUGGUACUUAUGAGUUUGGUCGUCAGAUGCGCGGCUUGGGUGUGCAGUCCCGUGGACUAUCGGACGACGAGGGAGUAUGCGACUGCAGCUAGGACAUGUGUCGACACCAUCACGGACAUCAUCGCAAGCGUGCCGUAUCAUCUAGGCUGGCACUUAAAAGAAGGGAAUCGAAGACGGAUUCGCCAGUUCUUGCGACAUCAACAACACGACGACACCACUACGACCGGGUUCAACACAUACACCAGCACCCAAGACGAAGACAGCUCAGACAACCUCGGUCUCAACGACGGCGAAUUCGCCUGCGGAGAAGCAAACCACGUCAAAGCGCUAGCAGGCUACUUCCUCACGUGGCCGCUCACCUGUCUCAACAGCCAGGACUACACGACGGACGCGCAGCGGGCGUGGAUCCACGGGCGGCUGGGGUUCAUCAGCAAUGAGCUCGGCGUCAGGUACGCGCACAUCCUCAAGCAGCUGCAGAUCCGCAUCCCGUCCAUGCUGAUCCGACGGGACGGGCUGAUGGCGAGUCCGUACGGGGCUGCGCACGAUUAUUUGAAGAUGGUUAGUGAGAGUCGGAGAGCACAGCAGCAGGUGCAGGCGCAGGUGCAUAAUAUGGGGAUGGGGAUGGGUGCGCGGCUAGGGGCGCAGCAACAACAGCAACAGCAACAGCAACAGCAGGAGUAUGGGUACGGGUAUGGGUACAAAGCCGAUGGCGCGGACGGGGGCGUGGGGGCGCAGUUGCUGUCACCGGCGAGUAGCAGCAGCGGGAGUACGAGCCCCCUCGAACACGUGGAGGCGCUGCAGAAGGAGAGGUUCGAGGUACAUCGUGCGGAGCUGCUUGCGAGGGCUGCAGGAGGACAGGAUGCCGGAGAGGGCGCCAAGUGGGUUGCGAAGAAGUGGCUUACCGUGUGAUGGUGUGGGAUGGCUUGGGCUGAAAAGGAUACGCAGGACUUUUCCCCCGUCUCGUCAACCGAGAGACAUACCUACCUAAGUAAGUAGGCUUAGGGGGGAGGUG